CUAUCCUCUCCUCUCGCAUCGCAACUCGCGCGCACACAGAAAAAGAAAAAAAGAAAGAGUCAAGGGGAGGGAAGGCGAGAGAGAGAGAUGAGGGAGCCGGUGGUCGUGGCAGCUUCUUCUGCGGCGGCGUUGCGGGGUUUCUGGGAGGAAGUCAACGAGUCGCCGGCAUGGCAGGACGGCGCCUUCUUCUCCCUCUCCGCCGCAUACGCCCUCGUCUCCGCCGUCGCGCUGAUUCAAUUGAUCAGGAUCCAGCGCCGAGUGCCCGAAUUCGGAUGGACCACGCAGAAGGUCUUUCACCUCAUGAACUUCCUUGUCAAUGGAGUCCGUGCUCUCGUCUUUGGAUUCCAUCUCCAUGUCUUCCUUCUCUCCGCAAAAGUUUAUAAGUUGGUGCUGCUAGACCUCCCCGGCUUGUUGUUUUUCUCCACCUACACUCUGCUUGUUCUCUUCUGGGCAGAAAUAUACCAUCAGGCCAGGAGCCUCCCAACAGAUAAGUUAAGGAUUAUAUACAUAGCCGUCAAUGCCAUCAUUUACACAAUUCAGGUUUGUAUUUGGGUAUACCUCGGAAUCAACGACAACCCAUUGGUUGAGCUGGUCAGCAAAAUCUUCAUAGUAGUUGUCUCUUUUGUGGCUCUUCUUGGCUUUUCAGUAUAUGGUGGAAGGCUGUUCUUCUUGCUGAGACGUUUCCCCAUUGAAUCUAAGGGGCGAAAAAAGAAGCUUUAUGAGGUUGGGACAGUGACUGCAAUCUGCUGUGCUUGUUUCCUGAUAAGGUGCAUAGUGGUGGCGAUAUCAGCAUUUGAUUCUGAUGUAUCUCUGGAGGUUUUGGACCAUCCAAUUCUUGAUUUCUUCUACUAUAUGUUGACAGAGAUACUGCCUUCAGCUCUUGUCCUUUUCAUCCUCCGGAAGCUCCCUCCUAAGCGGGUGUCAGCGCAGUACCACCCAAUCAACUAGCUAGAGGCCUCCUAGUUAGUUACUACAUAAUAUGAUGUUAUUAUAUACUACUGUACUUAGUAUGUUAGUUAUGGGAAAACUUUGAACUCCUCCCAAAAAGAAGAAAGAAAACAAACUAGAAUUGCGCCUGGCAAGCAGGAGCGGGAUGCUGGUAGUGCUUUGAGCUGUAAAUGAUUGAAAGCGUCAACAAGGCCUUGUUACUUGGAUGGAUAGUCAGCUGCUCCAUUAAUGAUGAAUGAAUUUUGGUGCUUGUGUAGUAUUGUAUA